GUAAAUAGUUAACCAGCAGCGCUGAAAGAAAUCCGGACUCUCACGUAUGAGAGGAAGGAUUUCAUGGAAACGCUUUAGUACCUCCCUUUGCCGUAAUCUGCGCAACAGAGGCAUAGACGUUGGGAUUGAGCUUUCAGUGUCACAUAUAAACGGGUAAGUCAUACAUUGUUUAAUUUUGUACAGUAUAAAGGAAGAAAAUAUAAACUAAGACAGAUUAACGACGCUAAAUUGAAGCCUUACAGUGUUGCGCUGCCUGACUGAACUCUCACAACCAUUGCGUGUUCACAACAUUUAGACAGAUAAACUAUUUGGGUUGAAUAAUAAAUGUUUGUUAAAGUCUCUGAGACGUUCUAGGAAAGAAGAGUGUGUGUUUUUAAUGUAAUAUGAUAAAAUAACGACUUUGUUGGGUUUACUCGCUGACUGUCGGUGUUAAGGUUGGAUUGGUGACCCUCUUGUUGACUAGUGACGGUGCGUUUCCUGGUUGUCGCUGUUACUGCGUAGAUAGAGGAUAUAAUUCAGAUUUUGUCACCCGAAAACGCACAGAAAAAGACUGAAGGAGCGAAUCUCAUGAGAAUUUUUAACGUGAGUUAAAAAAAACUGUUUUAGAUCAUUUUUAAAUUCUGUUUCAUACAACUUUACGUCAACGACUGACGCACAAAGUCGCCAGUUAACACGGUCACAAGUUCAACCGAAACACCGGCAGGGCAACGCGGAUGUAAGUAAGCUCAGCACUGACCUGUAUAGAUCAAAACUGUGAUUUGGAGACUUCACGGUUGAUAACAUUAAGUUGGUGGAUUUGUCGUAGCAACGUACCUGGGUCGUUCCCAGUGAUUAUUUGUGCCAAUACUAAAGAUCAAAAAUUGAACUACGAUGUGUUUAUGCUGCAGCUUCGACCGCUAGAGGCAGUAGUGAGCGCAAUGUUUCAGACAGCUGCACCCUGACUGGAGAGUUUACAAAAAAAUAAAGAAAAAUAUUCAGCUUAUCCACAGAUUUGGGAGAGAAUUUUCUUUUUAUAUUGGUACGUGGUAAAAUCGUACGGAGUAUAUCUGAAUUAUGUCACAGCGACAAUAGGUCUGGUUGUUUUGAUGGUAAAAAAAAUAUGUAAAACUGUGAAACUGAGAGUUUGAUUGUUGAUCAGACUGGCAAACUACCUCACAGAGACAUCUGUGAAGGUAUGGCAACAAGUACAGUAUUAAAAACAUAAUAUUCAUAAAGGGUUAUAGAUUAUUUUUAUUGCUAAUAUAGAGUAGUUUAAUUAUUGCAACAAAAUAAUUAUAGCAGCAGUAAUAAUCAUCUCAAUAAAGAUUGUUACUAAAGGAGAAGCUGUGUAAAUGUAAGCAGCCAUAACCUUAUCCUGUUGUGUCCUCUUUUUUCUCUUUCAGUCUACAGAAGUGGGCAGGAUGUCUGUGACCAUGACCAAAGCUGAGGGGGUCACUGUGCUCACUCUGACCUCUGACCCCCAAAGUUCCUUACCUCCAAUUUGCCAAAUCCUCAAAGGUCUUUGCUACAGCCCUGUGUGCUGCUCUGUGUCUCAGCACCUAAGGAGGAUCCAGGGAACUUCUCAGUUGGUACUUGGGGUGAGUAAGCAUCUUCAGGAACACCUGGUAGCUACACUUAAGCUAUACAGGCACUUAGUGUUCAUAUUGUGUUGUCCUUUCUACAGACUAUGCAGAUCAUGGUCGGUUUGCUGAACAUCGGCCUCGGGGGGAUACUCCUCUCAGGUCCUGGCGCUCGGUGGCAAAUGGAUGAAACCAAGUUUCCAAUCUGGUUGGGAGCACUGGUAAGCAAAGUAUUAUUGUAUGUGAUUUUCAUGUUUUUGGUUGUUGAAAAAAAUAGUCACAAAAUACAGAAUUUUUGCUCAAAGAUUGCACAGCCUCAAGUCUAAAGAGUCCAGAUAAGAACAAAAUGUAAUGGUUUUUAGAUCAUUUUAACACUUUAUUUGAUUAAAAACAGUACAAAGCAAAUAUUCCUAAUGGUGAAAAUGUAAUUUACAGUUUGAUAAAAAGGAUACGUUCUCAGGGCCCAAAGAUCGUAGUCAUCCAGUAUUGAUUUCUGUUCAAUGAUAUUAUGUUUUGUAGAUCCUUAUAUUCCUUGCAGUUUUAAGCUGAGGCAAAUCAUCCUGAAAUUGUUGAACAGCUUGCUCACACGGUCUCUCACAGAUGGUGAACCUCUUUCCAUAAAUCAGUUUCGAAAAUGUCAUUUUCAACAUUUGAUAUGCUGUCCUUGCAAUGUUCCACUGAUAUUGCAUUUAAAUGAUUUUUAAAUGAUCCAAAUUAGAUUUAUGGAUAAUUUAUACCUGUUGAGGUUGUACUUCUGCAUGACACCGGCUGUUCUGCACAGCUGGAAUAAAAGCCAGUAUGACUCUAUUGGGGCUGUUCUGUAAAAGGAAUCACCAGAUGGUUUUCUCAUAUAAGACAGGACCUGUUUUGGAUGACAGCAAAAGCUGAGGCUGCUUCUUGGUUACUUUUUAAGACACGUUAUAAUUCUUAGAAUCUGAAGCACUAAAGCAGAAGAACUAAAAGCCUUUUGUUGACUUUUUCUUGACAUAAUUGGUAGUGAGUGAAAUAUUAGAUAGUUUUCAAGUGACUGUUACAAAACCUUCUUCUUUUUUUUUUGUCUUUUCGUAGUUCAUUCUUUUUGGUGCCAUGAACAUCUUGUCCGAGAAGCAGCCAAGUCCAUGUCUGGUGAGUAUUUCAGGUUUAUCCUUCUGUCUCCACUUUGUCAUUUAUGAUACUUCUUCGAAUUUUUGCCAUGCACUAAGGAGGAUUUAUACAUAAUUGGUGGUUUGCCUGUUUAUUGUCACAUACCCCUCAAGAAAGAUGUUUCACACAUGAGCAGUAUUUGUUAUAGAAGAGGGGGGGGUCUAGAGUUCGCUGUCUUGCUCCAGUGGAUAAUAAUGGAGUUGCAGGGGGGGUUUCUAAAUUAAGCUGCUUCCACUACAUGACUUGAUUUCUGUUUUAGGUCAUCCUCAAUGUGAUGCUGAAUAUCAUUGGAGUUGCUUUUGCCAUCACAGCCAUCGUACUCUACAGCAUCAACACUGCAAACAUUUGGUUAUGGUGGGACUGUGACGAAAGGGAACGUUACAGACAUCGUUAUUAUGACGACUAUGACCGUCACACCACCACCACAACUCCAUCUCCCCAGGAAAAGAUCAUAAAGGAGAAGUGCAUGGAGGCUAAAUACCUGACACAGGUAUGGAUGGGAAAUUGUCAACCAAGAAAUGAACUUAAAAAAUCAUCUGAGGAAAAGAACUGAUGACUGUUAAUGACUGACCAAAGUUAGUGUAUUUGAAUCUUCCUGAUUAUGACUUACAGCUCAUGGAAAUCAUGUUCAUCUUUGUUCUCAGUACUUUGUUAGAGCUCUUUUUGCACUAAUUACUGCAUCAAUGUGACGUGUCAUAGUCUGAAGUCCAGGUUACUUUGAUAGCUCCUUUAGCUCAUCUGUAUUGUGGCUCUGGUGUCUCUCAUCUGUCUCUUGAUGACACCCCAGAGAGUUUCUGUGGAGUUCAGGUCAGGAGAGUUGGCUGGCCAAUCAAGCACAGUAACAACAAGGUCAGAAGACUAGUAAUUGGUUGUUUUGGCGUUGUGGGCAGGUGUCAGAUCCUGCUGGAAUAGGAAACCUGUAUCUCCAUAAAGCUUUUCAACAGAUGGAAGUAUUAAAUAGUCAGUACGUUUACAUGCGCUCAUGAAAAUCGAAUUAUUGCCUUACCGGACAACUGAGAUGCAUCUAAACACCUUAGUCCACCUAUAAUUGGAGUUUGAGAUGGUGGAUUUUAGAUUUUUGUGAGAUUCAGAGGAUAGACUGGUGGAUUGGGGAAGAAAGCUAAGUUGGGGUUGGCCAUUUUUAAAGUUUUCAAAUCUUGAAUGCAGUAAAGGUAAUUUGGUGGAUUGAAACAGAGGUUAAUAAGAAACCCAAAACAGAGCAGGAAAUUCGUCUCUGAGGUAAGUAAUUAUUACUAUUGCUUGGCCUUUGUUUCAGGUGAUAGUGCAGCUGAAGAGAGACCAGAAGUACAGGGUAAAGGUUGGAGAUGACAGGCUCUGAAUAGUUGCAGGCUAGAGUCAUACCAGAGAGGAAAGCAUCAAGGAACUCAUCACUGUGUCUGAUUCUAUUAACUGGGGCUUAAAAAAAACUGUGUUUUGAGAUUUUAAAGGUAAAACUGCUUCUUUUUGUGCCUCCAGAUGCUUUUAAGAAGCAUCAGUGCCGUGCUGAUCGUCUUGUCGGUCCUGGAGCUCUGCCUCACCAUCAGCUCUGCAGUCUUGGGGAUCAAGACUAUGUGUCACCGUGGGAAGAAAGAGGAACAGGUAGAGUCUCAAAAUGGUAUCAUACAGUUGAACAGGUAGUUUUUCAUGCUCUGUUUUUCUUUCCAGAACAUGAGAUAUCUGAAUAUCUGUUCAUGUUUUUUGGACGAUAACUUUGAUUGUUGACCUGAACUUGGACACUUAGUUCCAUCUCAGUCAGAACCUCUACUAAAGGUUUUGGGAUCAGCUGACCUUUUACAAAAGAGGAAAGGUUUAGUGUAAUUUGUGUCCUAUGACAGUAUCCAAGUUAGCAGUCUCCCGGCUGUAUGGAGUCUUGAUCUUAGUGAUAAGCCAGUCACUUGCUGUCUGUAGUUUUAUUUUCAUCAAACACACAUGAAAGUGAAGUAAUUGUCAUUUAACGUUUAGUAAGAAGCUUCUGUCUUAAAUAUGGAAGUACUUGCAAGUUUCAGCACGAGUGGCUGUAGGACACCAUUUUAGAUAUGACCCACUAAUGUAAAUGUUCUCUUUCAGAGUCCUGAUGACCCAGAACUGUACAAACCACUGCUGGAGGAAGUGACCAGUAACCCUGCGGUCUAAAUGAGAAUCUCUGCUUUGCAUCAGUGGUAAACAGAAACUGUUCUGUUGUGCAAAGUCUGUCAUAUGCAUUCAAAUAACUGACUGUAUUUACUUCUAUUCUGAUGAACUACACCAAUACAGCGGGUACGAUUGCUUCUUGAUUUUUUUUAACUGUUUACUCUAAUACUUCACUGCACUUUUGUUUAUAAUUUGCACUAUUCAUGCAUACAAACUGCUUAUUUUCUAUUCUGUUCUUUUCUAUUACAAUGGUUUUUUAUUAAAGAAUGUGACUUUAUUUUUGUAGCUAAAAGGGAUGUGUGUGCGACUGGUGGUGCAGGGUUUUGUUUGUUUAUCACAUCAAGCCAUGUGAAAAAAAUAUAAUGAAUAAAAAGGAUUGUAAGCUUUGUGUUUUAUUAGCUUUUAAAUCUGCUGUGUUUAUGACAUGACACUUAAAAGAAUGAGUGAGAAAUUCAAUCAUUUACACACACUUCUCUCCCCUCUGUUUUGCCCUUAAACCACAACUGCUUGCCAAAUCACAGCUUUUUCAAAAUGUCUGCUGUCUCUUCUUCAGACCAUUGCUCGUGUUUGCUAAUUUCUCUUACCAUCACAGCUAUCACACUCUGCCUGUAUUAACAUUUGACAAACCGGAUGUACUGAAAUGAUGUUACUGAACUCAGGCACCACACCCAACCUUGUUAUCUUCCGCAUGUGGUGUAUGAGAAUUGUCUUGUGGGACCGAGCUCUGUAAAAGGCAAACAUUUGGAGACAGCUGAUGUCUCAGGAUGUGUCAAGAGAGCCAUCAGUUUUCAGGUUUUUCUUUUCUGCUCGACACAAUGUCCAAAAGUCAAACUGGUUUAACUAUGAAUUAAAUCAAGUCAUCAAAGCACAAGUCGUGUUUCUCUUCAUUUUUACAAUUUACUUGCUGUAGUGGCAGGAGUGUGUCGUCUCACUUGUCACAAGGUGGAAUGAGAGUGUGUGUGGGGUGUCACUGGGGCUGACUGAUUGUAUAAUGGAUGUCACCUGUGUCUGCCAGGGAAUUGGUUCCUUGGUUCAUGGAAAGAGGAGGCUGAUAUUUCUGUUGACUGCUAAAGCUUUUUUUUCUUCAGAUAAUCUACAUCAAAUUCAUGUUUCAAAGUUUGAUUUGUUGAAAAAGAAAAUAAAUAUCUUAGAGCUGCAGUAAAAA